AGAGAGAGAGAGAGAUGGAGGCGAUGGAAACUAUGUGAGAAAGCUUUUGUUAAUAUGUGGCAGCUAAGGGCUUUCUCUCUCCUUCUCUCUGUAUCGACUUUCUCUCUCCUCUUCCCAUUCUUCUUCUUCUUCUUCAAUUAAAUCGCCUAAAAGCUAAGUGGAGCAACGUGAAUAAAUCCACAACACCCAUUUCUUGCUUCCUCAGUUUCUCCGUCCUCUCUUUCUCUCUCUAUAUCUAUAUAUAUAUUGUUAUAUAAAUAUACAGAGAGAGUUCAGUUUGGUUGCUCUGCUCUGCUCAAUUCCCAUUUCGAAAUGGCAACCAUUUUUCAGGGUAUUGGUGCUGCCACGGCUUUAUCAGCUACCUCAAAGUCUAACACUUUGGAUUCGACAAAAUUCCAUCUCCAAUCUCGUAGAUCUCUCUCAGAGAGGAAAGCUAGCUUCUUUUGUGUCAGAUCCCAGCUGAACUCUGGUUUGAAUCCGAAAGCUCGACGGGCUGAUCACCUUGUUAUGAACGCUGUUGCUACCAAGACAGAUAACUCUGCGGCUUCGACAGCAUCGAAACCAGGCCAUGAACUUCUACUUUUUGAAGCCUUAAGAGAAGGUUUGGAUGAAGAAAUGGAAAGGGAUGCUACUGUUUGCGUUAUGGGCGAAGAUGUUGGGCACUAUGGAGGUUCUUACAAGGUGACUAAAGGUAUGGCUGAAAAGUAUGGGGAUCUCAGGGUUCUUGACACCCCUAUUGCUGAGAAUUCCUUUACAGGUAUGGGAAUUGGAGCUGCCAUGACUGGUCUGCGACCAGUUGUUGAAGGUAUGAACAUGGGAUUUCUGCUCCUGGCUUUUAACCAGAUCUCUAACAACUGUGGUAUGCUUCAUUACACAUCUGGUGGUCAGUUCAAGAUACCAAUAGUUAUUCGAGGACCUGGUGGAGUGGGUAGGCAGCUUGGGGCUGAGCACUCGCAGCGUUUGGAGUCCUAUUUUCAAUCUAUUCCUGGAAUUCAAAUGGUUGCAUGCUCGACCCCAUAUAAUGCUAAGGGCUUAAUGAAAGCCGCUAUUAGAAGUGAGAACCCAGUGAUUCUCUUUGAGCACGUGUUGCUUUACAAUCUCAAGGAAAGAAUUCCAGAUGAAGAAUAUAUCUGUAAUCUCGAAGAAGCUGAAAUGGUAAGGCCUGGAGAGCAUGUCACCAUACUAACAUACUCCCGAAUGAGGUAUCACGUGAUGCAGGCUGCGAAAACUUUGGUAAACAAGGGUUAUGAUCCCGAAGUGAUUGAUAUCAGGUCAUUGAAGCCAUUCGAUCUUCACACAAUCGGUAACUCUGUGAAGAAGACACACCGCGUGCUGAUUGUAGAGGAAUGCAUGAGAACUGGUGGCAUUGGUGCCAGCUUAACAACAGCAAUCAACGAAAACUUCCACGAUUAUCUGGACGCCCCAAUUAUUUGUCUGUCUUCGCAGGAUGUUCCAACCCCAUAUGCCGGGUCACUAGAGGAAUGGACUGUGGUUCAGCCUGCCCAAAUCGUCACUGCAGUCGAACAACUCUGUCAGUAAUUUGAAGCACCCGAAAUGAGCAUAAAAUGGUUCCCACCUGAGAAACUUUCAGCUUAAAGUUAUGAAUUUUUUGUUGUAAUUGAGUUCAGGUAUUAGUUAUUUGGUGGUGUUAUAAGAACUAGUAACUACUACUUAUGGUGUCUAAGGUUUCCUUCCUACGUUGGUUUUGCUUUCUUUUUUGUUUUCUUUUUUUGGUUUAGUUAAAUGAAAUGUAAGGCUCAGUCCCUUGGCCAAGGAAGAGUGAAAUCACCAUUUUAUUAGAACGACAAACUAACUACUACUUGUUGCGUUCAACUAAAACGACUUUGAAGCUA